ACAAUUCAGGGAUUCGUGUAAUACAAAUAACCUAUGUAACGCUGAAACAGUUGUUUGGGAGGACCGAUUGCACCCUGGAAAUCGGCACACGGGGCUUACAUUCUGGCCCGGUUGUCUUGACUACUACAUCAUACAUUUAUACAUAGUCGCAAUUGCUGGACUAGGGAAUUCUGUGUUCCGGGCGGCUGCAAUUGCCGCCACCGGUGCCGCGCGGUCGGCCUUCGCUGCAAAGCCUGCCGCUUUCGGCCAGGUCGUGAUGGCCCAGAUGGCGGGUCAGCUCACUGGGGCCAAUGCACGGAGUUGCAGCUUCUUGAGCGGCGGCACCGUCCUUGCGUCGGCGGUGCGGCCUGGCGUUCAGGCUACACCGCCGGCAGUUUGUCGCCCAACCCCUGUCGGCCUGGCCCCAAUUGCUAGCAAUGGCGUCAAUUUCGGUCGCGGACUCAGCAGUCUGGUAUGCGCAGAGGCAUCCACCUCCGGCACCGGCUCCAGCGCCCAGCAGCAGCCGCUGCAGCGGCGGCAGGGCGGCGGCAGGGCACGGCAGGCGCGCAAGCCGGGCGCACCGCGAGCCACCUCCACAGCUCCCAGUGCUCCCUCCGCCUCCUCCUCCUCCUCCUCUUCUUCUGCCGCUGCCUCGGCUUCUGCCGUUCCUGCUGCUGCAGCGGCUGACGCCGAGGCUUUGUUGUUCAUCGGGUUCCACCCAGAGGAGAUGGAAAUCAUCCGGCAGCAGCUGCCGGCUGUAGCACCCGUGGCGGCAGCAGCACCUGCGGCAGUGCCUGGUGGCGACGGAGGGGAAUCGGGCGAGGAGGGCUUGCUGGCGCUCGUGGAUGUGACGGCGGGGAUGUUGGGCAUGACGCUAAGGGAGGCGAUGGUGGCGGCGGCGGCGGCCGGUGAAAGCAGCAGCAGCAGCGGCACCAUCAGCAGCGGCGGAGGCAGCGAGGGGCAUGCGCCGCCGCCGAGCGCGGCCGCGGUGGCAGCGGGCCGUGUUGUGUUGCUGCGCGGCCCGGGGGCUCAGGAGCUGGGCGCGGAGUUGAACGACUUGCUGACGGAGUGGGGUGUGGUGCCGGCGCUGGUGGCGGCGGCCACGGCAAAGCACGAGUCCAUGCCGCUGCGACAGGUGGUGGCGGCGCUGCGUGACGCACACGCCCGCUACUACGAGCUGCUACAGCCGGUCAAGCUGCGUGGCAGCAAUAGCAGUAGCAGCAGCAGCAGUAGUACCGGCAGCAGCAGCAAUGGCACGGCUGCCGCUCGGGGGCAGGAAGUGGACCCCGCGGAUGCCGAGGUGCUUCAGGACGUGCGCGUGGUGCUGACGGCGGCGCUGGAUGCGGGCGAGGUGCCGUCCAUACACGGCGACUACCGGCGCGACGCGGCGCACGCGGCUGUGCUGGACGGGCUGCUGACGGAGGCGGAGCGGGCGGAGCUGCUGGCGUGGCUCACGGCGCCGGGGCACAGCCACUCGGGGCCGCCGCCGGACGACAAGUGGGAGAUGGCGUGCGUGGACCGAGUCGGCGACAACGCCACGUGGGGCCUGCGGCCGGAGGUGCUGGCGGCCCUGCGUGACGACCCGCCGCCGCCGGUGGUAGCGCUGCAGAGCCGCCUGGCGGCCCUGUAUCCCGAGUACACCAUGUGCCACAUGCCCGCCCACCAGAUCUCGGACGCUCCCGGUGGCGAUGACGACACGGACACCGCGCUCAGCUCGUUUGUGGGCAACGCAGUCAUGCACGGCGACCCUUGUGCCUGGCACGUGGACGCCGACCCCACCACUGUGCCGCCCUACUCGCCAUGGGUGCACAACUUCGGGUACUACCACAACAGGGAGCUGUCCCGGCCCCUGUUCGUGACGGUGCUCAUCUACCUCAACGACACCUGGCCUGAGGACAACCACGCCGAGACGUUGUUCCUGGACCCGGAGACGCAGCUGGGGCUGUUUGUGCGGCCGGCGCCCGGCAGGGUGGUGCUCAUGGAGCAGGACAUGCCGCACCGCAUCUCGGCGCCCUCGCGCGUGGCGGCCGGGCCGCGCUACUCGCUGGUGUGGAAGCUGGUGUGGGUGCCGCGCGAGGGCGGGCAGGGGCCGGCGCGCGUGCAGCAGGAGCGGGAGGCGGGCUACCAGAGCCUGUGCCGGCCGGAGUGGGGCGAGCCGGUGCGCAUCGGGUCCGCCAAUCGCAACGCGGGCAUUCGUGCCUACCAGCCGCCCGCACGGGCAUGAGAAAUGUAUGCGGGCGUGGCAACCCCAGCAGGGGGGGGGACGCGCCAGGGGCGUUCGUGGUCGGCUAUGGGAGGGCCUGUUGUAAGGUCAGAAGAGCGGGACCUGGGCGGUGCGCGGGACCUGGGCGGUGCGCGGCACGAGAACGUCGGAGUGUCGGACCGGCUGAGUUGUGGAUGCCUGACGUGGCAGUGCAGCUGUACAUUCAGCCAGGCACAUAUUUAGACAGGCCUCGAGCCGCUGCGGUCUGUCUAGGUAGCGGUCCGCGGUGGGGCUGGAAGGGCAUGCGUAGCGGCAUGACAAGUCGUGCGGCUGUAGACAACUGUGCUGCGUCUGGCUGCGGUUGGCUCUGCUAUGGCAUUGCGAUUGCUAGGCACCUGGUCUGGCUAUGUGCCUGUGGAAACCGACCCCGGCUAUGUCCGGGCGAUGAGGUUGUUCGGCCUCAGACUGUGGAGGGCUCAGCCCCUUUUCCGUGGCCGGGGCACACUUGUCUGUCGAUUCUCCCUUGGAGCCCGCGGUGACAGCAAACAUGUAAGUAUGCAGUAUA